GUGAAAGAAAGAUUAGUAAGAGAGGUGAAAGACUGAGGAGGAAGGAGACAUAUGAAUGUCAGAAGAUGGAGAGCCUUGUACAAAUCCUGCUUGCUCUUUUAAUCUCUGUCAUAGGUGCCCUCUACCUUCUGGGGGUUUUUCGCCGCAGACGGACUGGAGAACCUCCACUGGAAAAGGGUCUUAUUCCCUGGCUUGGUUGUGUGCUGGAAUUCAGGAAGGAUACAGCCAAAUUCCUUCAGAGAAUGAAAGCAAAACAUGGAGAUAUUUUUACAGUGCAGCUUGGAGGCUUUUAUUUUACCUUCAUCACAGAUCCUCAGUCUUUCGGCGCGGUGGUCAAAGAGUCAAAAGCAAAGCUGGACUUCACAAAUUUUGCAGAUCAGUUGGUGGAAAGAGUAUUUGGUUAUGGUGCUGUAGAAAUCAAACACAAAUUCUUUAAAAAUUUGCAAACAACAAGCACCAAACAUCUGAUGGGAGACGGUCUGGUGGUCAUGACUCAAGCCAUGAUGUACAACCUUCAGAAUCUGAUGCUCCACAGCGUUGGGUCUGGGAAUGGCAAAGUGUGGCAGGAAUCUGGACUUUUUGCGUACAGCUACAACAUCGUUUUUCGAGCAGGCUAUCUGUCACUGUUUGGUAAUGAGUCCCCCAAAGGCACAGGAACAGAAUCUGCAAAAAAAGCCAGAGAAAUCGACUUGCAGCAUUCAAAUGACCUUUUCUGCGAAUUCCGAAAAUAUGACCAGCUGUUUCCCAAUCUGGCGUAUGGAGUGCUGGGCCCCAGCGAGAAGAUGGAGGCAGAGCGUCUGAAAAGGCUCUUUUGGAACAUGCUGUCAGUGCAGAAGAUGAAAGCAAGAGACAACGUCAGUGGGUGGGUUUCAGAACAGCAGCAGGUGAGAGCCGAGCACGGCAUGCAGGAGUUCAUGCAGGACAGAUUCAUGUUUCUGCUUCUGUGGGCAUCUCAGGGAAACACGGGUCCUUCUGCGUUCUGGCUGCUCUUGUAUCUGAUGAAGCACCCCGAGGCUAUGAGUGCUGUUAAGAAGGAAGUUGACAAGAUUCUCAAAGAAACAGGGCAGGAGGUGAAACCAGGAGGACCAGUUAUUGACCUGACCAGGGAUAUGCUCCUGAAAACUCCCAUCCUAGACAGUGCAGUGGAAGAGACUCUGCGUUUGACAACUGCCCCUCUCCUUACCAGAGGUGUUAUGGAAGAUAUGACCAUUAGCAUGGCAAAUGGACAAGAGUACAAGAUCCGUGAGGGCGACAGAGUGUCUGUUUUUCCUUACUUAGUCCAUAUAGAUCCUGAAGUUCACCCAGAUCCCCUCACCUUCAAGUAUGACCGGUUUCUCAAUGCAGAUGGAAGCAGAAAGACUGAUUUCUACAAGGAUGGAAAGAAGCUCAAGUAUUACAGCAUGCCUUGGGGAAGUGGAACCACAAUGUGCCGAAGAUUCUUCGCCACAAAUGAGCUGAAGCAGUUUGUCUUUCUCAUGCUGUCCUACUUUGACCUAGAGUUGAAAAAUCCAAACGAAGAGAUUCCAGGUAUUGAAACCAGACGAUGGGGUUUUGGCUCCGUGCACCCAGAUCGAGACAUCCAGUUCAGAUACAGACCUAGAAUUUAAAAACUCUGAGUGUUUUUGUUUUCUAAGAUCUAACAUUUUAAAACUUUGACAAUAACUUAAAAUACAAUAGUCUGCUUUUGGUGCUGGUUUUAAAACUACAUGAAUUCACAUUUCCUGUCUAUUUAAAUUGUAACAUUGCUGGGAAAAAGGUUGUUUAAGUACUCUCUCCUAAACUACUGUGAAUGUUUUUGUUGGUGUGGUGGUUUUGCUAAAUAUCAUAGCCUGAAUGUUCCAAAAGCUUGUAUUUACAUUUUGUAUCUAUGCGUGUAUGCCAUACAACAUGCAUAGCAACAUUACAAAACAAAUAGAAUAUAUAUAUAUAU